CUUCCUCACGUGACUGUUCGAUUCUGUUCGUGUUAGGAGCUUCUCUAGUUCUGCAUUGUCCAAAUUAGAAAUACAUGUUUCCUACCCUGAAACAUGGUCAGAAAUAUGAAUUUUAAUGAUCCUGACAAAGCCAAUGGCGAAGAAUUGUCAGUAAACGAAGAUGAACAGCAUAACAGUGUUGCAAGUGGAGAGGAUGAUGUAAUGAUGGGUAGUCCAAAUAUGGAUGAAAAUUAUGAAAAUGAAAUAUGUGAUGAAUCUGAAGAAACUGAUCCAGCAGAAUAUUCUUCACUGGACAAGCAGCUGGAUGAUCUAAAUAGUGUCCUAGAUGUUCUCGAGCAGAAAAAUGAUCACAUUCAAUCCCAGCUAAAAGCACUAUUGGAGACCAGUCGAGAGAUUAGACAGAAUAUAGUGAACGAGAGAGAGGCUGACAGCAGUUCUGAUCUUGCAACAGACUGAAUGGUGGGUGAAGAAUAAAAUAUGUUAAAAUCAAAUAAGUUUGGUUCUUCAUUCCAAUUUUGUUGUGCAGAGUAGCUAGUCAGUAUGUUUUUAAUUUGAAAAAUAUUUGUGUAACCAUGUUACUUGUAUAUUCUAUUACAUGUCAUGUUUAGAUGUAA